CGUGGGCUGCGGGGCUCCGACCUCGCAUUCUACAACCGUCUUUUCCCUGCUCCGAGGUCUCUCUUUACCUUCGCCCGGCGUCCUCUGUGCGCUUCGUUGCCCUCUCACUCCGACGCCAGAAUCAUGAAGGUCGCCACUGGCAGCGCCGCGGCCGCCGCGGGCCCCAGCUGCGCGCUGAAGGCCGGCAAGACCGCAGGCGGCGCGGGCGAGGUGGUGCGCUGUCUGUCCGAGCAGAGCGUGGCCAUCUCGCGCUGCGCGGGGGGCGCCGGCGCGCGCCUGCCUGCCCUGCUCGACGAGCAGCAGGUGAACGUGCUGCUCUACGACAUGAACGGCUGCUACUCGCGCCUCAAGGAGCUGGUGCCCACCCUCCCCCAGAACCGUAAGGUGAGCCGGGUGGAGAUCCUCCAGCACGUCAUCGACUACAUCUGGGACCUGGAGUUGGAGCUGAACUCGGAAUCCCAAGUCGGGACCCCCGGGGGCCGGGGGCUCCCGGCCCGGGCUCCGCUGAGCACCCUCAACGGCGAGAUCAGCGCUCUGGCGGCCGAGGCGGCUUGUGUUCCAGCGGACGACCGCAUUUUGUGUCGCUGAAGCGCCUCCCUCAAGGACUGGCAGACCCCAGCCCUCCAGGGAGCGAGAGGAAUUCGUGCUCUCUGAUCCUACCGAGCGCCUCGCCGGAGGUGGGGAGGAACAAGAUUGAGAUCAGCGACCGUGGGGCGCUUGCUGAAUGCAGCCCAGGGUUGGCGGACUGAGAGGGCAGGCCGACCCUCCCCUCUCCACCAACCAGCCACCAGAGACUUGGGGGGACGGCCCCCCGUGUGUUUCUAUUUUUUGAAAAGCAAACAUUUUAAAAAAUGGUCACGUUUGGUGCUUCUCAGAUUUCUGAGGAAAUUAAUUGCUUGGUAUUGUAUAUUACAAUGAUCACCGAGAAUAUUGUUUUACAAUAGUUCUGUGGGGUGUUUUUGUUUUUGUUGUUGUUGUUAUUAAACAAAUACUUUAGACUGCGGUAC